AUGUUAGAUCCGUCGUCCAGCGAGGAGGAAUCUGAUGGGAUAGUGGAGGAGGAAAGCAAAGAGGCGAUGGCACCCCAGGCCGGAUCCCGCAUCUCUCCGAGCAGGACCAGCGAGAGCUCGGGUGGACUUGCUCCCAGCAGCAGCCGCAGCAGUGCCCGUCCGACCAGCCCGAGCCCGUCGGCCGCCAGCGAGGAGAAGGAGGACCUGGAGAAGAUGCAGAGGGAGGAAGAAGACCGUAAAAAGAAGCUGCAGUUGUAUGUUUUUGUGAUGCGGUGCGUCGCUUACCCAUUCAAUGCAAAACAGCCCACCGAUAUGGCGAGGCGACAGCAGAAGAUUACAAAGCAGCAGCUUCAACAGACCAAGGAUCGUUUCCAGGCCUUCCUGAAUGGAGACACACAGAUUGUGGCUGAUGAGGCAUUCAUCAAUGCUGUGCAGAGCUACAAUGAGGUGUUCCUGAAGAGUGACCGUGUGGCUAAGAUGGUCCAGAGUGGCGGUUUCUCGGCCAAUGAUUUCAGGGAAGUGUUCAAGAGGCACAUCGAGAAGCGCGUUCGCAGCCUUCCAGAGAUCGACGGUCUGAGCAAGGAGACAGUGCUCAGCUCCUGGAUGGCCAAGUUUGACACCAUCUACCGCGGCGACGAGGAUCCACGCAAGGCACAGCAACGCAUGACCGCCAGUGCGGCCUCUGAGCUGAUCCUCAGCAAGGACCAGCUGUACGAGAUGUUCCAGAAUAUACUCGGCAUAAAAAAGUUUGAGCACCAGCUGCUUUAUCAAGCCUGUCAGUUGGACAACCUGGAUGAGCAGGCUGCACAGAUCAGAAGAGAGCUGGAUGGCCGUCUUCAGAUGGCAGACCAGAUUGCCAGGGGUGGCAAGUUCCCCAAAUUUGUGUCUAAAGAGAUGGAGGCCAUGUUCAUCGAGGAGCUCAAGUCCUCAGUGAAUCAGCUGAUGGCCAAUCUGGAGAGCAUGCCUGUGUCCAAGGGAGGGGAGUUCAAACUCCAGAAGCUCAAACGGGGACACAAUACCUCCAUCAUCGACAUGGGUCAGGAGGAUGAGAACACGCUGUCCAAGUCUGACGUGGUUCUCUCCUUCACUUUGGAGGUGGUGAUCAUGGAAGUGGUGGGGCUGAAGUCUCUGGCUCCGAACAGGAUUGUCUACUGCACCAUGGAGGUGGAGGGAGGCGAGAAACUCCAGACUGACCAAGCAGAAGCGUCCAAGCCAACCUGGGGGACCCAAGGGGACUUCACCACCACACACCCUCUGCCUGGUGUCAAGGUGAAACUGUUUACAGAGAGCACAGGGGUGCUGGCAUUGGAGGACAAAGAACUGGGCAGGGUUGUCCUCCACCCAACUCCUAACAGCCCCAAGCAGUCAGAGCUCCACAAGAUGACUGUGACCAAGGCUUGCCCCGACCAAGAUCUGAGGAUCAAACUGGCCAUACGUAUGGACAAACCACAGAACAUGAAACACUGCGGGUAUCUGUGGGCUUUUGGAAAGAAUGUUUGGAAGCGCUGGAAGAAGCGUUUCUUUGUGCUUGUACAGGUGAGUCAGUAUACAUUCGCCAUGUGCAGCUACAGAGAGAAAAAAUCAGAACCGCAAGAGCUUCUCCAGUUGGACGGGUAUACUGUGGACUACAGCGACCCCCAGCCAGGCUUGGAUGGUGGCAGGGCUUUCUUCAAUGCUGUGAAGGAAGGCGACACUGUGAUCUUCGCCAGCGAUGAUGAGCAGGACCGCAUCCUGUGGGUCCAGGCCAUGUAUCGAGCCACUGGCCAGUCCCAUAAGCCUGUCCCACCCACUCAGGUCCAGAAACUCAACUCCAAAGGGGGUGCCUCAGCCCAAAUGGAUGCACCCAUUUCUCAGUUCUAUGCUGACAGAGCUCAGAAACAUGGCAUGGAUGAGUUUAUCUCCGCUAACCCCUGUAGCUUUGACCACGCCUCGCUUUUUGAGAUGGUGCAGCGACUCACGUUGGACCACAGGCUCAAUGACACCUUCUGCUGCUUGGGAUGGUUUAGCCCGGGCCAGGUGUUUGUCUUGGAUGAGUACUGUGCCAGGAACGGAGUUCGAGGUUGUCACAGACAUCUGUGUUACCUGCGUGAUCUGCUGGAAAGAGCAGAAAGUGGGGCUAUAAUUGACCCCACCCUUCUUCACUACAGCUUCGCUUUUUGUGCCUCCCAUGUCCAUGGGAACAGGCCAGACGGGCUGAGCACAGUGAAAGUGGACGAGAAGGAGCGCUUUGAGGACAUCAAGGAGAGGUUGCGUGUGAUAUUGGAAAACCAGAUUGUAAAUUUCAGAUAUUGUUUCCCCUUCGGUCGGCCAGAGGGAGCACUGAAGGCAACUUUGUCUUUGCUGGAGAGGGUCCUGAUGAAGGACAUUGUGACCCCAGUUCCACCAGAAGAAGUUAAAGGAGUGAUCCGCAAAUGUUUGGAGCAGGCUGCGCAGCUCAACUACGAGCGGAUUCAAGAAUAUGCUAAAAUUGAAGGUAACCAUAAACACACAACAUCACAUAACGACUUCACGCCUGCCAAAAAGCUGGAGGAAACAAUUCGCCUGGCGGAGUUAGUCAUAGAGGUCCUCCAGCAGAACCAGGAACACCAUGCGGAGGGAAAAGAGGCAUUUGCAUGGUGGACAGACCUGAUGGUGGAGCAUGCAGAGAACUUCCUGGCCCUCUAUGCCAUCGACAUGGAUGCCGCUCUGGAGAUCCAGUCCCCUGAGAGCUGGGACAGCUUUCCCCUCUUCCAGCUGCUCAACGACUUCCUCCGGACAGACUAUCAUCUGUGCAAUGGAAAGUUCCACAAACACCUCCAGGAUCUGUAUGCUCCUCUGGUGGUUAGAUAUGUGGAUCUGAUGGAGUCCUCCAUAGCACAGUCAAUUCACAAGGGCUUUGAGCGAGAGUCCUGGGAGCCUGUAAAGAGUUUAACAAGUAAUCUGCCCAAUGUGAAUCUACCAAAUGUGAACCUCCAAAUUCCCAAAGUACCAAAUCUGCCAGUGCCAGUAGCAGGACUAUCAGUUAACCUUCCACAAAUGCCUAGCUUUUCUACCCCGUCAUGGAUGGCUGCUAUAUAUGACUCUGAUAAUGGCUCCGGAACGUCAGAGGAUCUCUUCUGGAAGCUGGACGCCCUCCAGACUUUCAUCAGGGACCUUCAUUGGCCUGAGGAGGAGUUUGCCAAACACCUCGAGAGUCGCAUCCAGCUCAUGUCGAGCAACAUGAUCGAGAACUGCGUCAAGCGCACUCGGAUGGCAUUCGAGUCCAAGCUGACAAAAAGCAGCAAGUCCACAGAUUUCCGCAUUUCUCCAACAUUAUGCACCAUGUUCAACGUGAUGGUCGAUGCCAAGGACCAAUCAGCUAAGUUGUGCGCAAUGGAGAUGGGCCAAGAGGUAAAACAAACGUCACAUGGGACACAGACUAAACAGUACCACACCCAAAUAGACGAGCUGAUCGAGGAAAGUGUGAAAGACAUGAUCCAGCUACUGGUUGCAAAGUUUGUUGUCAUUCUGGAGAGCGUGUUGGCAAAGAUUUCCAGAUAUGAUGAAGGCACCCUCUUCUCUUCAUUCCUCUCUUUCACGGUGAAAGCUGCCUCUAAAUAUGUGGAUGUACCUAAACCUGGGAUGGACGUGGCCGAUGGCUAUGUGACCUUUGUGCGCCACUCUCAGGAUAUUCUCCGUGAUAAGGUCAAUGAGGAGGUGUAUAUAGAAAGGUUAUUUGAUCAAUGGUACACUGCCACCAUGAACCUGCUGGGGACCUGGCUCACUGAACGCAUGGAACAGCAGCUCCACGUCUACCAGCUAAAAAUCCUCAUCAGGAUUACAAAGAAAAAGUACCGGGACUUUCGCCUGCAGGGGGUCCUCGACUCCACCCUGAACAGCAAGAUGUACGACACAGUACGCAACAGGCUGACCAUCGAGGAGGCCACUGCUUCAGUUAGGGAAGGAGGCAUGCAGGGCAUCUCCAUGAAGGACAGCGAUGAGGAGGAUGAAGAGGACGACUAG